UAUAAGCUGCCGUUCAUCUGCCACUUCAGCUACCUUCUCAUCAUCAACAGCUUCCAUUCCAUCUCUCCUCUCCACUCCACUCCAGUCCAUUUCACAAUGAAAGUAGCUGAUACCCCUGACUCUGCCUCUACCAUCAGCAUGACCAACACUAUCACCAUCACCGUGGAGCAGGACGGCAUCUAUGAGGUCAACGGCGCUCGUCAGGACCCUGUCGUCAACCUCCAGCUGGUCAUGGGUGCUACCAAGCUGCGCAAGCAAUUGCGUGAGACCGACGAGCUCAUCGUCUGCCCGGGUGUGUAUGACGGUUUGUCUGCCCGGAUUGCGAUGAACCUGGGCUUCAAGGCCAUGUACAUGACCGGCGCCGGCACAACCGCCUCACGCCUUGGAAUGGCCGAUCUGGGACUGGCUCAGCUCUACGACAUGAGGACGAACGCGGAGAUGAUCGCCAACCUGGACCCAUACGGGCCGCCCCUGAUCGCAGACAUGGACACCGGCUACGGAGGCCCCCUCAUGGUCUCCAAGUCCGUCCAACAAUACAUCUCCGCCGGCGUCGCCGGCUUCCACAUCGAAGACCAGAUCCAAAACAAGCGCUGCGGCCAUCUCGCCGGAAAGCGCGUCGUCAGCCUGGAAGACUACCUCACGCGCGUCCGUGCCGCCAAGAUCACCAAGGACCGCCUCCGCAGCGACAUUGUGCUCAUCGCCCGCACCGACGCCCUCCAGCAACACGGCUACGACGAAUGCAUCAAGCGCCUCAAAGCCGCGCGCGACCUGGGCGCCGACGUUGGCCUGCUUGAGGGCUUCACCUCGAAGGAAAUGGCGCGCAAGUGCGUCCAGGACCUCGCCCCCUGGCCUCUUCUCCUCAACAUGGUCGAGAACGGCGCCGGACCCGUCAUCAGUGUCCAGGAGGCCAAGGAGAUGGGCUUCCGGAUCAUGAUCUUCUCGUUCGCCUGCAUCACCCCCGCCUACAUGGGUAUUACGGCUGCGCUGGAGAAGUUGAAGAAGGAUGGUGUGGUCGGGUUGCCCGAGGGGAUGGGGCCAAAGAAGCUGUUUGAGGUUUGUGGGUUGAUGGAUUCCGUGAGGAUUGACACCGAGGCCGGCGGUGAUGGGUUCGCUAAUGGGGUCUGAGUUUGAGAGUGAAUUUGGUUGAGUUGGUGUUGUCUUGCUGGGUUUUAAUUCUUUUUUCGGGCGUGCGAUUUGAUUUUCUCUUCGCCAUAUAUCAUAUAUCAUCAUGUCUUCAAUGGUUGUUGUUGUCUGGAUGUUGUUGUCUACCUAGAUUGUCUGUCUGGAUUUGGGGUCUAGAGGGUUGUUUGGAUGAGUUGCCUGUUUUAGUGCGAUGGAUGGGAUCUAUCUACCUACCUACCUACCUACCUAUAUCCAAUAUCCACUCUCUAUCCACUACCUAC